UCCCCGCUAGAAGGUACACGCCGGCCAUUCGGUGUUUUGAAACGGCGUGCUACAGACGCCAUUCGAAUCGCAACACGCGUAAAUCAUAAUUUAAGUUAUUUUCUUUGUGAGACAGUGAGCAUGUCGUCAAAAAUUGAGCCUCAAGUUAAAAGUACUAGAAUCAACAUGGCGUGCCCCUCAUUAGACCCCAGAAGUGGGUCGUCAUGUGGCCAGUGUUUGGGCAGCAAAGUAACGAACUACGUCCUCGGAUAUUUACAAACGGUGCUGUGGUUCCUGUGUUUCAUAGGGUUUGUAUCUCAGACGGAAACAGCGCAGACGAAAGAGUUCGUGAUGGGUGUCAUCGCGGGCCUGCUGAUGAUCACAUUCGCGAUCAUUCUUGUCGUCGGGUUACACAAAGACAGACGCUCGUACAUCAAAGCAUACCUGAUAUUUUGCGCCGUGAUGACAAUCUUCCUUAUAUUAGGUUUCUUUGUGACUCUCUUCACUCAGCCAGCCAGGAUCGGCUUUAGAGGAUUCAUCGGCAAUUUAGUUAUGAUAUCUUUGAACAUAAUCACGUUCAUCGCGGUCCGAGCAUACAGCUUGACCGACCACUCGUGAGCUGGCGUCUUCACAUCCAACAAAUAUUCAGCGAGGACAUUUAUAAAAACAAUUAUAAUAUUCAAUUGGACAAAGUAUAAUAUUGAAUUAUUAUCCGAUUAAAUGGUCUCACAAGUCCGUAGGGUGCUAAACAUGCCCAGGCUUGUAUUAAUGAUCGAUUAUAUCAAGUUAUGAGUCUGGAAGUGCCUUCAAUGUGUCGAAAUAUGAUGAAUGUGCUUGCGCUGAUCAGGCGAAAUAUAUUGCUACUGUUCGUGUACUUAAUUGAUGGCUUACCAGAGGAAUCCCGUAGGUUCUCUAUUAAAUUUGUUACUUAUAGUCA